CUUUUACAGCACAACAAAAUCCCAAAGAAUCAGAUAUUGGGUUAGGAUUUUAAGUAGAAAAUGUGUUGAUGCAGUAAUCCCAACCACUACAUGAAUCAAGAUCGGCAAAACAUGAAUAAAGAUAGUGAGAAGAAAAAGAUGAUGCAUAGGGAUACUGAACGCCAAAGGAGGCAAGAAAUGGCUGCCCUCUGUGCUUCCCUUCGUUCUCUUCUCCCUCUGGAGUACAUCAAGGGAAAAAGGGCAGUAUCUGAACAUGUAGAUGGGGCAGUGAAUCACAUAAAGGAUUUACAGAAGAGGACUGAGGAACUGAGUGCGAAGAGAGAUGAGCUAAAGAAGUUAUCUGGUUUUGAAGAGGCACGCUCAAGAAACUCCCUUCCUACUUCAGCUGUUGUUAAGCCUUGCUUCGGUGGUUUUGAAGUUGUGAUCAGUACUGGAAUUGGAGUUCAGGCUUUGAGACUGUCGAGGGUGCUUAAACUUCUGCUCGAGGAAGGACUUGAUGUUGUUAAUUGCAUUUCCACCAAAGUUGAUGGAGGAUUCAUUCAUACAAUCCAAUCUCAGGUGAUUAACGAUCUAACAUCUGUGGAUCCAUAUACGUUGCAACAGAAAUUAAAUGAAGACGUUCCGUCAUCUAGCUAGUAGGUUUUCAGAGUAACCAGUUCAGUCCUAUUAGCUCCCUCACGCCAUUUGAUUUGAUGCAGGAGUAGGAUUGGCUUUUUUUUUGCUUGAUGAUGAUUAAUACAAUUCCAUUUGCAGGUAACCAAUAUCUUGAUUGUUGAAAAAUCUUUGUGGAAUUAAUGAAAAUGGUCGAUUGUA